AUGAGUGCUGUUUCCGGGGUAGUAUCCAGGCAAGUUUUGCCAGCAUGUGGAAACCUUUGUUUCUUCUGCCCAGCACUGACCACAAGAUCUAGGCAGCCUGUGAAGAGGUACAAGAAGCUGAUCUCGGAUAUUUUCCCUCGAUCUCCGGGUGAAGAAGUGAAUGAUCGGAAGAUUGGGAAGCUCUGUGAAUAUGCUGGGAGAAAUCCUUUACGUGUUCCGAAGAUCACAAGUUCUCUUGAGCAUCGGUAUUACAAGGAAUUAAGAAACGAGAAUUUUCGGGCUGCAAAAAUUGUUAUGUGUAUUUACAGAAAACUAUUGAUCUCGUGUAAGGAUCAAAUGCCUCUUUUUGCAAAUAGUUUGCUAAGUAUCAUGCACACGCUGCUGGAUGAGACAAGGCAGGAUGAAAUGCUAAUUAUUGGAUGCCAAACGCUCUUCGACUUUGUAAAUUGUCAGAAAGAUGGAACAUACAUGUUUAACCUGGAAGGUUUUAUACCAAAACUCUGUCAGUUAGCUCAAGAAGUUGGUGAAGACGAGAGAGUGGUGCCACUCCGUUGUGCUGGGUUGCAAGCCCUUUCUUCAAUGGUUUGGUUCAUGGGUAAAUAUUCGCAUAUAUCAGCAGAGUUUGACAAUAUUGUUUCUGUAGUUUUGGAAAAUUAUGGAGCUUUGAGCAAGGAGUCUGACAACCCCAAUCAAAGUCGGUGGGUACAAGAAGUGCUGAAAAAUGAGCAUCAUGUCUCUCCAUCAGAAGCGUUGAUGAAGAUUCCAUCCUGGAGAACAAUUGUAAAUGAGAAAGGCGAAAUAAAUGUGCCUGCGGAUGAUGCCAAGAACCCUUGCUUUUGGUCCCGCAUGUGCCUCCAUAACAUGGCUAAGCUGGGGAAAGAAGGUACAACCAUGCGCCGUGUGCUGGAAUCUUUAUUCCGUUAUUUUGAUAAUGAGAAUCUAUGGCUUGAUUCCAAAGGCGUUGCCUUCCCGGUUCUCAAGGACAUGCAGAUUAUUAUGGAUGAAUCCGGACAAAAUACACAUUUUCUGCUUUCCAUAUUAAUCAAGCAUCUUGAUCACAAAAAUGUCCUUAGAAAGCCAGAUAUGCAGCUUGGCAUUGUAGAGGUUACCACCUCACUUGCACGCGAAACAAAGAAAGAAGCUUCAGUCGCGAUAGUUAGUGCUAUUUCUGAUGUUGUUAGACAUCUUAGAAAAAGCGUACAGUUGGCACUUGAUGACGCAAACCUUGGAGCAGAUGUAAUCAAAUGGAACAAAAGGUUUCAUGAAGCCGUGGAUGAAUGCCUUGUGGAGUUAUCAUCAAAGGUUGGUGAUGCGAGCCCAGCUUUCGACAUUAUGGCCGGGAUGCUGGAGAAUAUCUCAAGUGUUACAGCCAUAGCAAAAACCACAGUUGCUGCUGUUUACCGCACAGCUCAAAUUGUAGCUUCGUUGCCUAAUUUGGCAUACAACAAUAAGGCAUUUCCAGAAGCGCUAUUUCAUCAGUUGCUCCCCGCGAUGGUCCAUCCAGACCAUGAAACCCGAGUUGGAGCUCAUCGCAUCUUUUCUGUUGUUCUUGUGCCAUCUUCUGUUUGCCCUCGGUCAGGUCCAGGCAUCCCUCCAACUGUUAGUGAUCCCAACAAGGCUGCAGUUCCACGCUCGCUAUCAAGAACUGUUUCUGUCUUUUCUUCUUCUGCUGCCCUUUAUGGGAAGAUGAAAAGCAAAGUUAGUCAUGAUAACAAAGUUCAGGUCUCGGGCCAAGGGGAACAAAGACCAAAUAACAAUAAUAAUAAUAAUAAUGGGCCAUUGAGCAGAAUGACAUCGAGUUACAGCCGAGUUUAUUCCAGGAGAGCAGAUGGUAAUUCUGCAAUCAAUUUAAACAAGGAUGCGGAGGCAGUUACCCUUAGGCUCAGUUCUCACCAAAUAUCCCUCCUCCUGUCAUCAAUUUGGGAACAGUCCAACUCGCCUGAGAACACGCCUGAAAACUAUGAAGCAAUUGCUCACACCUACAGCCUGGUGUUGCUAUUCUCUAGAGCAAAGAAUUCUGGCCGGGAGGCUCUAGUUCGAAGUUUCCAGCUGGCAUUUUCGUUGCUUGAUAUUUCUCUUGCCGAAGGAGGACCCCUGCCACCAUCACGUCGGAGAUCUCUUUACACAUUGGCGACUUCUAUGACAAUCAUUUCUGGGAAAGCAUUUAGUAUUGUCCCUCUUGUUCCAAUUGCAAAGACUAAUCUUGCUAACAAGAUGGUGGAUCCAUACUUGUGUUUGGUUGAAGAUUGCAAGCUGACUGUGGUAACUGGAACGCACACUAUUCCUUUUGGGUCUAAGGAAGACGACAGGGCUGCUCUAAAAUCCCUUUCAGACAUAAAGCUCAAAGAGGAUCAGUCAAUGGAAUCAAUGGCUGCCACAAUCGUCAAGCACUUGGAAACUGUCUCCGAGUCCGAAAUGUCAAGCAUUAAGGAGCAAUUGCUAAAUAGAUUUGUGCCAGACGAUGAUGUAUGUUCCAUGGGCUCCCCGUCAGCAAAUACAUUACGGAAUAAUUCAGAAGACUGUAAUUCUAUGGACGAUGAUGCUCCGCUUUUCUUCAUGGAUGAUGAUCCGCUUGGAGAUUUAGUUGACAAUUCCAACCGGCUUUCAGUAACAUCACCUGAAGCAUCAGACUUCUUGAGUGUCAAUCAGUUAUUAGAUUCAGUCUUGGAGUCUGCACAACAAGUUGGAAGAAUGUCUAUAAGUGUUUCACCUGAGGUCUCAUACAAAGAAAUGACGAAUCAAUGUGAGGCGCUAGUAAAUGGAAAGCGGAUGAAUAUGUCCAAUCUGAUCAGUAUACAACAGAGGCACAUUAACCAAAAUGAUGGUGAAAUAAACAAGCAAUCGACAGCCUUCCAAAAUGGCACAAGCUUCCAAUCGGCGGGCAAUCCUUCCUUGGAGCAAAACGCGCCUCCUGUUGUGAACGGGAAUGCGCCCACAUCGCGUACAACAAUGCAGUCAUUCAGGCUACCUGCAUCAAGCCCAUAUGAUAAUUUCUUAAAAGCUGCCAGAGGUUAAUUAAGUAAUCUUUUUGAACCACCAUAGAACAAGCUACCAAACCUACAUUUUGUGUCAACUUAUUCAUAAAUGAAUGAAUAUCCAUCGCAAUAUUCAUUAUGAAUACAUCUCAAAAUGGUGAAAAUCGCACAAAUGAUAUGGUUUUUGAAGCUGGGCGUCCUGAAACCUCGUGCUUGCAUGCUGCAUAACGUAAGGCGACAAAAUCCGGAUCGCUUAUUUUGGUUAAUUCUCCAAAGCAAUUUAUUCAUUUUUCCCCUUUUGCCCUUUCUUUAGAUCUUUUGAUGUGAAUUGUAAUUUAUGUAUGUAUAGAUGUAGUUUACUACUGUCAGGAAUGGAGAGCUUUAAGCAUUUUGGAGAGUUUCCUUUCAACUAGAAAAGCAAAUUGUUGAGGGAUCAAGUAUUCUUUUUCACCCUUGAAGGUUAAUG